CGACAUGAUAUCAAAAUUAUUGUCAAUACUAUUUGGAACAAUAAGCACAAUGAUAAUAGGUUUCUAUUGGUACUCUGUUAUAUUUCGAGAUCGAUACAUGAAAGAUGCUAAUGUGAAUUUAGAGAAAGAAAAAUAAAAAAAUUAAGAAAAUAAUCAACCACUUUUAUUUGAAUUAGCAGGAAGAUUUUUAUAGGCAUGUUUAAUAACAAUCUUUUACAAUCUGCUAAAAAAUAAAGUAACAUUAAUGUAUACAAUUAUAGGAUGAACAAGAUUUAAUUUUGGCGCUUUCUUUAGCUGUGUUUUUCUGUAUUGCAUUUUAAGUGCAAUAUUACACAUCUAAAGUUGUUUGGGAAUAGAAGACUUGGAACUAUUUUUUUAUAAAGGUGUGUGAAUAGUUUAUUUCACUCUCCACACUUUCCAUAAUUGCAUGCAUUUUUGUAAAGUGA